CACGUGACGAUCAACAACCCAAAGUAUGAGGGAUGGUAGAGUGUCAACACGGGUACUGUCAACGCUCUACAAGACACUGAGCUCUAUCCAAAUCCUGGUCGUGCAUAUACCAUCAAAACACUCUACUGAGACGUUUGAGAUUGUUCGCUGUUGAGCAAGAGACGCCCAACUGCCGUUUUUGAUUGCAGGUCAAGGGUGUAUCCCACUCGGCAACUUCCUUGAAAGCGACGAUAGCCACCGCGUGACGACACAAGGACAGGUUUAUUGCUUGCCAUAGGCCCGAAUCGCAGCUUCUUGUAUAGGACGCGCAUCUCGCAUCUUCCACCGUUUCCAACACCGCGACAUUGUCAGAAGGGACCAUCAUGAGCGCAUCCAGCAACACAGCCGCAGCCCCUCAGCAGCCCAACAACCCGCCCGCAUCCGUCGCGACCGCAUCGAGCGAGACCAAGGCUACCGACGAUGGCAGCAUCCUGAGCAAGGGAAAGAAGCUAUUUGGCCUUGGCAGGAAGAAGGAGAGCGUGGCUGGCAAACAGCCAACAGAGACUGCAUCCACGACGACGACGCCAACAUUGCUGCCCUCGCCCCCAAUGUCACCGCCCGAACAACGAGUGUCACCGCGAGGAAGCCCGCGCAUGCUGCCAAUCGGCGCAUCUCCCAGUCGUCGCAUCCGCUCCAACUCUCCUGGCCUACACAGCCCAGCAUCGUCGCUCAUCUUCGAGCGCAAUGUACAGGAGCCUGAACCCUCGGCCGACGUGCCUGCACACAUCAAGACAGAAGACCACAUACCACCCGCGCUGGAUGCGACAUCCUUGGCCAUUACAGACACGCACCUCAACCCUGACGAAGUAGAGAUCAUAACACACACGGCGCAUCAGCCAGCCGCUGUUGCGGUCGCGGGCAGCAUAACCGACUCGGUGCACUCGCCGCCUCUGCCUCACACAGAGUCGGUGGCUUCUAGCCAUGCUGAGGUGACGGAGACAGCGCCUGGGUACGGCUCACUGGACACGGCAGAUCCACGUCGCUUGAGCUUCAUCUCAUUCGCAGACGUGGUGCAGGCAGAACACGUCGAGCACGACAGACAGGAAGUCUUGGGUGCCACGUCCAACGAGGCUCUGCAGUUUAUGAGCCUGUCGUCGACGGCGAACCGGUCGCCCUCGCCAGUGAGGUCUGCCGCGUCUUCGCCGCCAACCACCAGUGGAGCAGCCUCGCCCAAGCAUGCGGAUCUGGCGCGCACGCGGUCACCCGCGAGUCCUACGUCCCCUAUAGUGCUCGGGAGCCCUAACCCAGCAUCGGGCGAAGAGCUGCCAGUCCAGAUUGAAACGAUGCGACAAGCACUGCGCAAGACGCACUCGGGCGAUCUUAGCGGCGCGCGCUCGCAGCCAUUGAGCGCAGCGAGUCUGGAGGAGAGUGCGGCUGAUAAGCCUCCGUUCAAGUGAGGGUGUGGAGAGAUUGCGCAUGAAUGCACUGAAACGAAGUUCUUAAUUUCAUUUUCGACAAUGUUGGGAGCUCAGGGAGGGGUUAUUGGUUGGUCAGAUAUCCAUGUGCGAUGUGGCGAUGUUUUUUUUCUAGCAGUUAUCCGA